AAUUAUCCAAAUUGUUUAAUUUUAAGUUUAGUAUUUAUUAGUAUAAUGGAAAGAAUAAUAAAAAUAGGCAAAACAUUGAGAACCAACUGGAAAAAAUCUAUAUUCGGCGCAGUUGUAGUUUACUACGGUGCUGCCACUUUAAAGGAAAAAUAUGAAAUUAACUUGUUAAUGAGAGCGGCAUGUAAGGAAGCUGUUAAAUAUGGAGACGCAUUAAUACCCAUGGAAAGGAAUCCAACAUUAGUGACAGUCAUUUUAAAUCCAGUUGCGAACAAACGUAGAGCGAAACGAGAUUAUGAGAAGUAUUGCGAGCCACUGUUGCUACUAGCUGGCCUGCAGGUCGAAGUGAUACAAACUAAAUCGGAGGGUAAUGCCAAAGAAAUUGUGGAGUCCCUUCGUGGUACAGAGGCAAUAAUCAUAGCUGGUGGGGAUGGAACCUUAUCUGAAUCUAUUACCGGAUUACUGAGAAGAAAUGAUGAAGCUAAUAGAUUUCCAUUGGGAAUCUUACCAUUGGGAAGUACAAACAGUCUUGGCAAUGCACUUUUCCCUGGUGGUGAUGGUGUGGACAAAGUUAAGCAACUGAUACAAGCGUGCAUGGCUAUAAUUGAAGGAAACACAGAAUGGAAAGAUGCUAUAAAGAUUGAACCAUUGUCAAACGAAGGAGAGGCACCAAGCAGGCCAAUAUAUGCUAUGACUUCUAUUGAGUGGGGUGCAUUCCGCGACAUACAUUCAAGAAAAGAUAAAUAUUGGAUCUAUGGCCCACUCAGGGAGUAUGCUUCAUAUGUUUUUAAUGGAUACAAAGACUCAAUAACAUGGGAUUGUAGUGGUUCCUUAAAAUACAGCCCACUUUGUGCUGGAUGCAGUAAUUGUGUAACUAAAAGACCAGAGAUAAAGAGGAAAUGGACAUUCUUUAUACCAGAAACAAAAACAUUGCCAGAGUCUGAUAAAACACAAGUAUUGAAUCCAGAAUGCUCCAUAUUAAAUGAACUGUGUUUUAAAACAUCUGAAUUUAAAAUUAACCCACAAAACAUUAAUGGGUUACCGGGAUUAGGUAUACAUAUUGGUAAAAAUAAGUAUACAUACACUGAAUUUGUUUCUGAAGGCUGGAGAAGACUAAAAGGCAAGAAUGAGUCCGUUGAUACCAUUAAGGCAAGAACAAUUGAACUAUUGCCUCAUGACCCAAAACCAGAUACGGUUAUAGAAAUUGACCAAGAAGAUUUUGAAGUGAAGCCAGUUAAGAUUACUAUAUUACCAAAAAUAGUCAAAUUUUAUUGCAAGCCGGAAAUAAAAGUGUAAAAGCUAA